AUGUGGGAUGUGGAUGAUGUGAAGUUCGUGAUCAACUACGACUACCCAUCUUGCUCUGAGGAUUACGUUCACCGAAUUGGGCGAACUGGACGCUCAGACAAGACAGGAACUGCAUACACAUUCUUCACAGCAGACAACUGUAAGCAGGCAAAGGAUCUGAUCGAAGUGCUGAAGGAGGCCAAUCAAGUGGUUAAUCCCCGGUUAUAUGAAAUCAUGGAAAUGGGACGCGGUGGUGGAGGUAAAGGCCGCAACCGCUGGAGGGGACGUGAUGAUGACAGGAGGGGCGGUUUCGGACGUGACCGCGACCGCAGCCGUCCGAGUGGCGGAAGGAACGGCUACACCAACGGAAAUGGAUAUGGUACGUCUCCUCAAGUGCUUGGAGGAUUUAACAAGUUUGGAGGCGGAGGCAGUAAUAAUGCCAUGGCGAAUGGGGCGGUUGCAGGCCAGGCACGUUACAAUGGGCCGCCUCCACUCAUGGGCUCUGGUGCUGUGAAGGCCUCGAGCCAAGCAGGUACUCCAAGCCAAUUGAAUGGUACACAACGUCCACCCGGCCAGAGCAUGGGAGCCAACAUGGCCAUGGGCAUGUUCAACCAGGCUGCCUCCAUGGCUGGUGGUGUGGGUGGCCUAGGCAUGAUGGGGGCCGUGCCUGGUGCACUUUCCUGGCCGCGGCAGUGA